AGACAAUCUCGUUGGGUAUUGGCCACUUGGCCUCGUCUAUGCACACCCACUAAACUAUACAACUUUCAGAUCCAAACUCCCGACCAAUGCAACGUUGGAGGAGUGCACAGUCAUGGAACAACUUGAUCAUCAUCAAUGAGCUGAAGACUGAAGAGCGCAUCUGAUGUGCAUGCAACAACGCUGGUCUUUUGGGAGCUCAGACUUGAAGGGCUCACCGUCUCCAUCCUCACUCCUCCUCACUGGCCUCUAAUGCUUUCCUCUUUUAUCAUUAGUAGUUACUGCGACAUUAAGACCAAACCAAGUCUUGCAAGAAACCGAGCAAAUAAAGCAACAAAAAUACCAGGGGGGGACACCGGCACACACCCACACUCGACGAACACUAUACUAGAGGGAAGAGUGAGAGGAGGAGAGUGGUGGUGGUGCGAGAGGGAGGGAGAUGGGCAUUCCCAGAGCUCUCCUGCUGCUGCUGCUCCACGUCGCCGUCGUCGUCGUUCUCCGGUCGCUGCCGGUGUCCUCCGCCGACCUGUACGCGCUCGUCUACAAGGGCUGCUCCAACCAGAGCUUCCCCGGCGGCGCGGUGCCCCCCACAGUCGCCGCGCUCUCCUCCUCGCUCUCGGACCAGUCCGCCUCCGCCAAGUUCUACAAGACCUCGUCGUCAUCCUCGGCUUCCUCCACCUCCGUCUUCGGCCUCUUCCAGUGCCGCGGGGACCUCUCCGGCUCCGACUGCGCCGCCUGCGUCUCCCGCGCCAUGUCAUCCUGGUCCGAGGUUUGCGGCGCCUCCGUCGCCGCCCGUGUCCAGCUCACCGGCUGCCUCGCGCUCUACGAGAUAUCCGGGUUCCCCCAGGUGUCCGGGACCCAGAUGCUGUUCAAGACCUGCGGCACCGGCGGCGGCGGCGGGACCGACUUCGAGAUGCGCCGCGACACCGCCUUCGCGCAGAUGGAGGCCAGCGUCGGCGGGGGAAACGGCGGGUUCUACGCCACCAGCUACCAGCAGGUGUACGCCAUGGCGCAGUGCGAGGGCGACCUCUCCUCGGGGGACUGCGGCCAGUGCGUCACCCAGGCCGUCCAGCACGUCGAGGUCGAGUGCGGGGGCGCGCCAUCAGGCCAGGUGUACCUCGAGAAGUGCUACAUUAGCUACAGCUACUAUCCCCAUGGCAUACCCCAUGGCGGCGGCAUCGGAGGGCAGCAGACAGCAAAGACUGUAGCCAUUGUUCUCGGUGGAGCUGUAGGUCUGGGUUUUGUGGUCAUAUGCUUGCUUUUCGCCAGGAGCCUGGUCAAGAAGAAGGAGGAUUAUUGAUGGGCACGCAUGGAGCAACUGGACAAAAGGCAUUGGGGCAUGGUAUGCAUUUUGAUUGGGGUCUCGAUGUUUGUUUCUUCAAGGUGGUGAGUGGAAUACAGAGGGGAUUGUUUUUUUUUGGCUCUUCUUCCUCUGGCCAUGUGGGGGUGCGCCAUGCCAUCCCGCGUGAUGAGAGAGGGGAAAAGGAGGUAGUGCCAAGUAGUUCAGAAAGGGGACUCAUUUUGGGGGAAUGCUAUUUUGGUUCACUGAUUAAAUUGGAGGUAGAUUAUCUAUUUGGGCUGUACCACCUUCGCCUCUCUUGCUUAGGUUCUAGCAGUACAUCGAUUUUUCUUGUAUUCUUUCCCCAAAAGAAAUACAUUUAGGUGUAGGCAGAAAGUAUUUAGUCCUAUGUUUAAGGUUUGCCGCGGCAGCUGCGGCAGGUCUAAGGUCUCUCUGACUGAUUGGUUUUGCUUCGCUCUCAUGAAAUUGUUUCAUAGUAUGCUCUAGAACCUGGUUUAACUCUAGAUUUUGGGAACUGGCUGUCACUAGUUUACUCUUAUCUGUUAACUCCAGUGUAGCUUUGCUGACCUCAAAGCAGCACAGCUGUGCCGCAGUAGUUAGAUGUUGUCUUAUUUGUCAUACAUAGUACUUAUCUUCAGAAAUUGUGCCUGAUCUGGCUUGUAAUCAAGGACGGGUCAAAUAGUUUGACAUCAUCAUGCCCUGCUGUCUGCUAGAACAUGUGAUGAUAUCAGAUGAAACCGAUAUACUCCUACGGAUAAGAGUUGACAGAGUCAGCAAUGCAUGCUGCAUAGUCAGAUUUGUGGAUUUUUGCUGUGAUAAAAAUAUAUGACAGGACAGAGUAGUUCUGCACUUGUUGACCACUUGACUGGCUGAUGCUAUUGGCCUCUGUUAUAUUUUCAGUCUCUUCAGAAUAUUUUUCUUGCUUAA